GUCAAGACGGAGGCCACUAUGCCAGCCGCUGAGAAGAAGAGGAAAGCGGAGGAGAAGGCCAAGGAGCAUGCCAAGAAAAGGGAAGAUGAAGAAGAGGAAGAAGUGAAGAAGAAAAAGAAAGCAGCUGACAAUAAGAAAGAAGAACGUGAGGAGAAGAAGAAGCAAGCCGCUCACAAGAAAAAAGAUGAGGAAGAGCAGGAGAAGAAGAAGGAAGCAGCUGACAAGAAGAAAAAAGAUGAGGAAGAGCUGCAGAAAAAGAAAAAGGAAGCAGCUGACAAGAAGAAGGCAGCAAAGGAGAAGGAACUGAAGAAGCAGAAUGCAGAGGAGAAGGCGAUGAAGAAGAAACAAGAGGAGCAGGAAUUGAAGCGGAAGCAAAAGGAAGCAGCUGAGGAGAAGAAGAAGAAGGAAGAAGUGGAGGCAUUAAAGAAAAGGAAGGCAGCUGAAGCUGAGAAAAAGAAAGAAGAAGAAGAAGCACAGAAGAAAAAAAAGGAAGAGAAGGAAUUGAAGACGAAGAGAAAGGAAGCAGCUGAGAAGAAGAAGAAGAAGGAUGAAGAGCAGAAGGCAAAGGAGGAAGCCAUGAAGAAGAAGGAGGAGGAGGAAGAGGAAAGCUCAGACGAGUCAAACACGGACACCGAUGAAGGGUCGGAAGAGGAAGAGGAAGAUAAAGGUUCAGCUGAAGAGAAUGCCUCAAGCCCAAGCUGCAGUGAGGAGGAAGAAGAAGAAGAGGUAGAGGAAGCGGAAGAGGCAAGUGAUGAGGAAAGUGGAAAGGGAGAAGAAGAAGAAGAGGAGGAUGAACCGAGUGGAUCCAGCGAUGGUGAAGCAACAGAAGAUGAAGCGGAUGAAGAAGAUGGCGAAGAAAUGGAAACUGCGGAGGAGGGAAGUGAGGAGGAGGAAGAGGAAGAAGAAGAUGCAGCGGAGGAUGAGGGCUCUGAAGAAGAUGUCGAAGAAGAGGAUGAAGCAGCCGGGGCAGACAAAGCUGAAGGCAAGAAAGGCAAGAAGAAAAAGGAGAAAGAGGCAGGGACCAGUUUAGCCGAGACUGAGGAAGAGAAGCUCAAUUCAGUGACAGCAAACGCAGACUGGCAGUCAUUUGGCCGGUGGUUGAGAAACAAAAAGUCUUGCCCUGCCAGCAUAGUGGCAGCAUGCAAGAACCCAGAAAGCCGUCAGCGGAUUUUCGAAGACUACUGCAAAACUGGUCGUAACAAAAAGGAUGUGACGUUCCGACACGAAAGACGGUUAGAAGAGUCUCAGAGAACAAAGCUGAAGUACGGCUUUCGCAACUCCACUUGGAUCAUCAAGCAGCACGGCCAAGAGCGUGCGGAGAAGAAAAUGGAACGGAAGAAGACUGUGCAGAACCCGGAGUUGCCGGACGAUCCUACAGAGUUGCUGUUCUUCGUGCUUGUAGAGCUUAACGUGGAAAACAUUGCAGAACUCAAGCGGAUCACCUCACUCGAGAUGGAGGGCACCCCUGAUUCAGACCAACUCAAACAGUUUGUUGAGGCGGGCGGCGUUUUGAAUGGCGACCAGCAUCUUCAAGUUGGGAACCUCGUCAGCGCCGAAGGGAAGCAGAAGCUGACGGCAGCUAUGGCCAGUGUGAACCCUGGUAAGAAACCAAGGCCCAGAAAAGGUGGUGAGACCAAGGGGGAUGAAAAGGAUCCCAAGGAAGUUGUCCCCAAAACUCCUUUGGAAAGGGCUGCCACCUUGCAAAACCAAGUGUUGAGCAAGGCGAACCAAUGCCGAGACCAAGCUUUCAAGCUUCGCCCGCUGAAAGUAUCAGGUGAGUUGAUCGACCAGCUAAGAGCUAUGGAUUCCAAGCUUCAGGACCUUGCUGGGAGCCUCCAGGAGUUGAUCCGGAAGAAGAAGAACAAGAAUAAAUACUACGUUGAAUUGGUCAAGGAGGUUGAAGAAGCGAGCGCGCUGGCAUCGGAGAGGGUCGAACUGGCCCGAGAGCUGCAACUUGAUGAGCGUGAUUUCGAUCGCACUGUUCCAAUCUUUUGGCACACCGAUGGGGCCUGUGCUUACUUGAAGCUUGCUGCGGGGAUUGGGUGGGUCAAAGCGCGCCUGGCGCGCAG